AUCUCUAACUAACUACAAUACAUAAUAUUCAUUUUUUUUUCCAAUUUUUUUUAGGAACACUCUGGCCUCUACGUAAGUCCGCCCAUAAAGUUUAAAUAUUUAUUUUUGGGAGAGACUUUAAAGUCAUUAAAUGAAUAAACAGAGUUAGUUGGGCCGUUAAUAACAAAGGCACCUUCUUAGCCUUUACAUACACUUUUGCUCGGACCUAUUCCGACCGAUCAUCCACUUCUACUUCCGGCGACAAUUACAAUCCAACAUGUUGCUCACCUUGUCUCCUUCCUACAAUCCUCACGCGGCUCCGAUUCUCUAUCGCCCCAUUUCAUCUUCCCCUUCGUUUUCGUCAUCUUCAUCACUUGCUUUCCCACUUACUCGGCGGCUCCUCACUCCGCCUCGUCUCCGCUCGUUCCCCAAUUCGACUUUGACCUCAUGCAAUUCCGUUCCGUUCGAUGUCAAAGGUGGCAAAGGAAUGAACGAGUUUUAUGAAAUUGAGCUUAAAGUUCGUGAUUAUGAGCUUGAUCAGUAUGGUGUUGUGAACAAUGCUGUUUAUGCAAGUUAUUGCCAACAUGGUCGUCAUGAGCUUUUCGAAAGUCUUGGUCUAAGCUGUGAUGCAGUUGCUCGCAGCGGUGAUGCAUUAGCAUUGUCGGAAUUGUCAUUGAAGUUCCUUGCACCUCUAAGAAGUGGAGACAAGUUUGUUGUGAAGGUAAGGAUAUCUGGCUCUUCAGCAGCUCGCUUCUAUAUCGAGCAUCUCAUCUUGAAGCUGCCAAAUCAAGAGCGUAUUGUGGAGGCACAGGCCACAGCAGUUUGGUUAGAUAAAAACUAUCGCCCUAUCCGGAUACCCUCAGAGGUUAGAUCUAAACUUGUUCAAUAUAUCCGCCACGAGGAGUCAUGAAUCGGUUGCUGCAAGAUGAACUCUAGUUGAAAAUCUAUGCUUUGAUACAGUUCGCCUGAGGUGGAACUGAUCUCUUUCUUAUUAACCCUUAACGAAAGAAAGAAGUAAUAUUGAAAAUAUGAAGGAAAUAAUAUUAAAUUUCUGUGAUUUUCCAUAUAGUUUAAAUUAUUAUAGUAAUAUAAACUUUAGUUUGAAUGAUUACAGAACCAAACUUGAUUGGAAAAAUCAAUAAAUUUAAUUGUAACAACUCAACUGCUCUGCUCAAGAGGUCAUCAAAUUCUUGGUUGUUUCUAAAGAAGAAAAUACAUAUUUCAGCAAAGGUCAUAGUAGUGUUUUAUGCAGUUUUUCUCGA